CAGACUUGGUUACCGUUCUGAAGAAUUGGUUACUAUGCUUCAUAUUCAAUCAAUAUGUAUAUUUGUUAUGGUGGCGAUGUUUGUACAUGGCACCAACACAGCAGCUUCUUCGGAACCACCCGAAGAAACGGAAAGUCCUGAUACUAUUGAGUCUGAUAUAAAGUUAACUGAUGAGCAACUAGCUGAAAUUGAAUCAAUAAUAGCCGAUGAAGCAAGUGGGGUCGGUGCAAGAAAAGCUAUAACUAGCCUUUCAAAGCGUUGGAAUAAUGCUAUUGUGCCAUAUGUGAUAUCAUCAACAAGUCAAUCUGAUUCUACCGUAAUAAGAAAAGCGAUGACCUACUGGGAAAGCAACACUUGUAUUAGAUUCCCACCGUAUAAUUCGGGCGCAGGGCAUUCUGAUAGGAUUAACUUUAAAAAAGAUUAUGG